CCGUAGCUGCGAGCCGGCUAGUUGGCAACAUGGCGUCCUCAGAUGUCCACGUCCGAAUUUGUGAACAAGAAAUACUCAAAUAUGACCUGGAAAUCAAAGCUCUCAUCCAGGACCUCAAUGAGUGCCAAGGCCCUGAAAGUAAGCUGACAGAACUGAACGCAGACGUGAAAAAGAGUUUCCACAAUCUCAGGUUGCGGAUUCAGGAUUUUGAGCAGAUGGCCAUGGAGCAGGACAAAGAGUCGGAGAAGCAGGCUUUGAAUAGUCAGGUGGAGGGACACAGAAAACAGAUGCUGAGUAACCAGACAGGUUGGAGGAAAGCCAACUUGGCCAGCAAACUGUCUAUAGACAAAAUGGAGAAGCAGGCGCUUCUUUAUGGAGCAGAUAGUGCUGUGAGGGAGAGGAAGAUGACCAAAGAAGGCUUGGCCCAGACAACCAGCGACAUCACAGAGAAUCUCAUGAGCAUCAGCCGGAUGAUGGCGCAGCAGGUCCAGCAGAGCGAGGAGACCAUGACCUCGCUGGGUUAG